AGAAGGAGUGAGUGAGUCGUCUGGCGCGCUGUCAGACAGGGGCGGGUGUGAGGGAAACAGCUGUCUUGCGAUCAGCUCAGGAGUAUGAGCCUUUCGGAGGACUGCAUGAGCCCAGGACGCUUCAGGAGUCCCCAGCUAGUGACAUGGGCGAUAUGGAUCAACUCAUAAACAACUUGGAGGUCCAACUUAAUUCAGAAGGUGGCUCAAUGCAUGUAUGCAAACAGGUCUGCGUUCAGGAAAAUUAGGUCACUGGCCCUAUUCAGAUCAGAAAUUUCCCUAAGACAGCAGACAGUAGUAAUAUGACAUCUCCACCAUUCCUGGAUGCCAACCCCAUGGAAAACCCAGCACUGUUUAAUGACAUCAAGAUUGAACCCCCAGAAGAACUUCUGGCUAAUGAUUUCAGCUUGCCUCAGGUGGAGCCAGUUGACCUCUCCUUUCACAAGCCCAAGGCUCCUCUCCAGCCUGCCAGCAUGCUGCAAGCUCCAAUACGUCCUCUCAAGCCACAGCCUGCUCCCCAGACCCUUGUAGUGUCCACUUCAACAUCUGACACAGGCUCUUCAGCAAACAUCCCUACCAUUUUGACUCCAGGCUCUAUCCUGGCUCCCUCUCAGGGCACUGGUGGCCAGCAGAUCUUACAUGUGAUUCACACCAUCCCCUCAGUCAAUCUGCCAAAUAAGAUGGGUGGCCUGAAGACUAUCCCAGUGGUGGUGCAGUCACUGCCCAUGGUGUAUACUACUUUGCCUGCAGAUGGGGGCUCUUCAGCCAUUACAGUCCCACUCAUUGGAGGAGAUGGCAAAAAUGCUGGAUCAGUGAAAGUUGACCCUACCUCCAUGUCUCCACUGGACAUCCCAAGUGACAGUGAGGAGAGUGCAAUUGAGAGUAGAUCCUCAGCCUUACAGGGUAUUCAGGGACGACAUCAAGAACCAGCAGGAAUGACCCAAAUGCAGGGAGAAGAAUCUCUUGACUUGAAGAGAAGACGGAUUCACCAAUGUGACUUUGCAGGAUGCAGCAAAGUAUACACCAAAAGUUCUCACCUGAAAGCCCACCGCAGAAUCCAUACAGGAGAGAAGCCUUAUAAAUGUACCUGGGAUGGCUGCUCCUGGAAAUUUGCUCGCUCAGAUGAGCUCACCCGUCAUUUCCGUAAGCACACAGGCAUCAAACCCUUCAGGUGCACAGACUGCAACCGUAGCUUUUCUCGCUCUGACCACCUGUCCCUGCACCGCCGACGCCAUGACACCAUGUGAGAAACACAAACUGCACUAGAAGAUAUGUACUGGUCUCUUUCUGUAUGUGUUGAGGACAUGACCAUCUUUUCCUCUUUCACUUCAGCUUGCUUCUGAAAUGGGCUUGGAGGAGCACACUGAGCCAGGUUGAUGAGACUGUAGGAAAAUAUAGCUAGUUUUCCAUGGGAACUCCUCGUAUUUCACCCUCACCUCUCCAUUGGACAGUCCCCAAUUUUUUCAACCUCCCCAUGGGUUGAAUUUCAGUGUGGCACCCAUGGUUGCCCCCCCCACCCUCCCACACCCAUCCCUGCUCUGAGAUAGGACAUUUUUCCUACAGUAACAACACAGGAA